AUGGAGAAUAGUUCAGCCGUGAUAAAUUUCAUUUUGGUGGGUCUAACCAAUGCCCCAGAACUUCGGAUCCCCUUCUUUAUCUUGUUCACCUUCAUUUACCUCAUUACUGCUUUGGGGAACCUGGGGAUGAUCCUGUUGAUCCUUGUAGACUCCUGUCUCCACACACCAAUGUACUUUUUCAUCGCUCACCUGUCUCUGGUGGAUUUUGGUUACACCUCAGCUGUCACUCCCAAAGUGAUGUCUGGGUUUCUUGUAGGAGACAAGGUCAUCUCCUACAAUGCAUGUGCUGCUCAAAUGUUCUUUUUCGCAGCCUUUGCCACUGUGGAGAAUUUCCUCUUGGCUGCAAUGGCCUAUGACCGCUAUGCAGCCGUGUGCAAACCCCUGCAUUACACCACCAUCAUGACCACAGGUAUGUGUGCUCGUCUGGCCAUAAGUUGCUAUGUUGGUGGCUUCCUGAAUGCCUCCAUUCAUGUUGGGGACACAUUCCGUCUCACUUUCUGCAUGUCCAAUGUGGUCCACCACUUUUUCUGUGAUGUGCCAGCUGUCAUGGUUCUCUCUUGCUCUGAUAGACAUGUUAGUGAGAUGGUUCUCUUUGUUGUGGCAAGCUUUGACAUCUUAAUUUCUCUUGUGGUUAUCUUGAUUUCCUAUAUUUUCAUAUUUCUCACCAUCCUGAAGAUGAAAUCAGCCAAGGGACACCAAAAGGCUUUGUCCACCUGUGCUUCUCACCUCACUGCUGUCUCCAUCUUUUACGGGACUGUCAUCUUCAUGUACUUACAACCCAACACCAGCCGUUCCAUGGACACAGACAAGACAGCAUCUGUGUUCUAUGGUAUAAUCAUCCCCAUGCUAAACCCUAUGGUCUACAGUCUAAGGAAUAAAGAGGUCAAGAAUGCAUUCAAAAAGGUUUUGGGGAAAGCAAAAUCAUCUUUAGGACUGGGGAUUGAUGUUGUAUGA